GCUGCUGAAGGUGAAGCUCUUGCUCUCCAAUUACUUUUCCCAAGAGAGAGAGAAGGAGGCAGCAGGAGGGGGAAGUCGUGCUGUGUGUGGAAGGCACACCAAUCAGAGAUGCUCUAACGGAGGGACUGCUGCAGGACGCGCAGGCUUCUCCUCCUUCCUCUGUCGACGGAGCUGAAUCGGGACCACGCGCAGCUGGCGUAGGGACCGGACCCGUACUGGGCUGCAGGACUUACUAUCUCCGCUUUUCCAAUAGCUCAACCAUACUUCGUCCUCUCUAUUUUUUCCUUUUUUUAAUACUCUGAAAUCGUGCACAAGAAACACUCCAAGUCUUCUCUCCAUUCCCAGUUGCUUCACCCUUCCCCUAGCAUCUCUUAGCCGGAUUCCUGCUAUAUUCCCAGAGAGGCGGGGUGAGAGAGCCGGGUCCCGCGGGCGGCUGCUGCCCCAGCCCGGCCGAGCCGAGGGGAGCCGAGCGGAGCGCGGCACGGCGCCGCUCCAUGCCCCCGAGCGCUGGCGGGGCGCGGGGCGUGUGCCGGCGAUGCCCGGGCGGUAAGGCUGGAGCUCCCCCCGGACGGGAGGCGGCCGAUCGCUAGGCAUUUCUAGCAAGAAUCGGGACUGCAGGAUGAAUAAGAGAUACUUACAGAAAGCAACAAAAGGAAAACUGCUAAUAAUAAUAUUUGUUGUAACACUGUGGGGGAAAUUAGCAUCUGGGGCAAAUCAUCAUAAAGCUCACCAUGUUAAAACUGGGACCUGUGAAGUGGUGGCGCUUCACAGAUGCUGCAAUAAGAAUAAGAUAGAAGAAAGGUCACAGACAGUGAAGUGUUCCUGCUUCCCUGGGCAGGUAGCAGGUACCACCCGGGCAGCUCCUUCUUGUGUUGAUGCUUCGAUAGUGGAGCAGAAAUGGUGGUGCCACAUGCAACCAUGUCUUGAAGGGGAGGAAUGUAAAGUUCUUCCAGAUCGUAAGGGAUGGAGCUGUUCCUCUGGGAAUAAAGUGAAAACAACUAGGGCAAACGUGUAAAACUCCUCAAGUCCGAAUGGAGAAGUAGAGAAAGGAGGUUUCUGCUGUGCCUGAUGACAAUUUUUGUUUUUUCCACACACAAAAAAUAUUCUGGCUCCACGUUGGAGCACUAGUUGUGAUGAGUCCUAGUCUUGGUCGGAUUCUAAGGAAGGGCCAGAACGUUCGUUGAGGAAUAAAGAGUCAAACCACUCCAGAAAAUGUGUUCCAGCCCCGGUUUAUUACUCACAGAGCAGCAGGUAACCCGAUAGCUAAAGACAAAUCAAGCCAGUCUCAAGGCUGAUAACAUUAAAUACAACAUGUAGGAAUUUCAUUCCCCCAGGCAAUCCUUGAAGUGAAAUUUUAUACUGCUGGGGUGUAUCCUUCAGAAUCAAUUGUUUCAAUGAGAACCUGGCUUGCAAUCAGCAACAGCCUCGAGAUCAAAACUACUGGAAAGUUAUUUUGAACUUCUGUGUCACAAAUAUUUCAACUGAUUGAACUGUGUACACUUGUAGAAUUGCACUUGCUGAGGAAUUUGCAGCUGUAAUCAUGAGCUAAUAUUCUAAAGGUGCAGAAAAGCAGCAAACUUUUGGGUUCUCCGUUGCAGAUCAGUGGCUUUUCAUCUUGAAGUCAAACUCUGAAAUGUAUUGGAUCCUUCACUCUAAAAUGAUCCUUGGUCCACUGUUCAGAUUGCUGGUGGGACUGCACACUGCUUUAAUUAAAUUUCUGUUGCAGAAAUUGUCCUCAAGCAUGGCGCAGUUUUAGACAUUUUUAUUUGUGUUCUAAUCUUGCAGCUCUCAAAGGUACAUAUUUCAACAUCUUGAAGUUGCUUUGUUAUAGGAAUGGAAUUAUAUAUCCAUUGUUAAUAAUUAUUGUUGACAAGUAAUAGUUAUCUGAAUACAUCAGUCAUAUUAGAAUGUAUAGUCAGGUUGACAUGUUUCCCUAAGGCUAACCAACUACUGCAGCUUAACAGGUAAAGAAAGUAGUGGUCAAAACUCAAUUGCCACUUCCAUCAUAAGGCAUUUUAUAUCUUUAAUAUAUGCAUUUCCAUUUAGUUUGAAGGAAAUGGGUGUUCCCAAUAUGUACUUUACUUUCCUAACCUUUAAUUCAUUUAAAUUGAUGGUAAGCAGUCAAUUACACUAUUUCAUCCCUUUUUUACAAAGAUAGGCAGGGAUGUAAAUGAGUUUUGCAGUUAUGGUAUUGGAUGGUAAUCAUUCAGGAUUUUUGUCUUUUUAUUAAAAAAUAAAAUCUCUUGCUUGAACCUAAA